AGAUUUCUUAAUUUAUUUUUUUCACUGAAUGAUUUGUUGGUGUGAUUUGCACUUGAGAAAACUAAAGAAUAUUUUUUUUUAUUUAUUUUUUACUAGGUAACCGUGAAAGCUUCUCCAGAAAUGGGAGAGAACAGAACGCACGUGUGUGGGCUGCAUUGAAGACCAGGCUUGUGACCGUCCUGAUAGGUUACUUAGUUGCUGUGAGGGCUAAACACCGCUAAACGCCUGAUAAUCUCAGGUAGGUCCCUAAUCCUCUGCAGCCGCUCGGUACUCCCUGCGGACCUUGCCAAAGUGGCUCAUUACGCGCAAUCAACGCCCUAGAUUCCUUCCAGCGUGUGCGCGCACGCGCGUGUUUGCCCACAGACACCGCACUUGGAGCUGACCCGCACCUCCUGGCUCUCCUCUCCUCUCUCCGCGGGCCUUGCCAUACUUUGUGGCGUUUGUGCCAUCUAGGGUAAUCCGCCGCUCCACUGCAGUCUCUCUCCUGGAGAUUUUCAGCCGCUGUGAUUGGAAGACACGCAGCCCGUAUAGCAGAAACAGGAGAAAAAAAAAAACUUUUUUAUUCAUUCAUUUUUCGUUUGGAUUAACGGAUUUCCCUCCUAAAAAAUGUUUCUUUGAUUUGGAAGUUCGCCUUGGAUAACCGUGUUUGGGAUUCCAAGGACGCGAGAGACGGACCGCACCGCGCGGGGAGGAGGAAGGGAGAACGCGUCCGUGCCAUGUAGCGACGCUGUCGCGUGGAAAUCUACAGACAGCAGCCCCACGCAGCAGAGAGAGCUGCUAUGUAUUCUUUUUUUACUUAAAGAGGAAACUACAAAAAUGCUGUGAAGCUUCUUCUUCUUGUCGCAGCUUGGCUCCAGGCAAAGCGCAGCAUUUCUUCAGAGAAAAAAAAACAAAAAAACCACACAAGUCAGAGAAGCGACAUAGUAGGCAGUUGGUUUUCUGGAAUUAGUCUGAAUGGAAAACGUGCGGGUGGAACCUCCAACCUGGAACGCUACGGUUACUGUACGCAGCGCGUGGUGGCCCACGAUGGAUAACUGUCCGCUGGUUCAGGUGGAGGAGUGAACGGAAGAGGUGGAGAAGCUCUUCCUCAUCACGCAGACGUUGACACAUCCAUCCGUGGGAGGGAAAGGAAGACGAGGAAUUGUUUGCUGCUUUCAGGAGGAAUUCAAGGUGACAUCCUCAUCCAGAUAGAUGUGAUCAAGGUGCUGCAGAGUCAUGCAAUCUGGAGCUCGUCUUCUGGGCGUGAGUCAGCAUGUGUUUGGAUACCUGAACUGACCAACAGAGCAACCCUGCUUCAGUUCUUCUUUAUAUGAGGUACCAUGGACAAGGUGCUCAUCUGUCUCCUGCUCCUGGGAACUGCAGCUGUGAUGGUCCAUGCAUGUCCCAAGUACUGCGUCUGCCAGAACCUCUCAGAAUCUCUGGGAACCCUGUGCCCUGCCAAAGGACUUCUGUUUGUUCCCCCCGACAUCGAUCGGCGAACUGUCGAGCUGCGGCUGGGCGGCAACUUUAUCCUCAAAAUCACCACCCAGGACUUUGCCAACAUGACGGGUCUUGUGGAUCUAACUUUAUCCAGAAACACUAUCAGCACCAUUCAGCCUUUUUCUUUCAUUGACCUAGAGACACUAAGAUCCCUGCAUCUGGACAGUAACAGGUUAACUGAACUGGGACCAGACGACCUCCGAGGACUGAUUAACCUGCAGCACCUGAUCCUGAACAACAAUCAGCUGGGUCGAAUCUCAAAAGCAGCUUUUGAUGAUUUGUUAUUGACGUUAGAGGAUCUGGAUUUGUCAUACAACAACUUACGCAGUGUGCCUUGGGAAGCCAUUCGCAAAAUGGUUAACCUCCAUCAAAUGAGUCUGGACCACAACCUCAUCUCCUUCAUUGCUGAAGGUACUUUUACAGACCUAGAUAAGCUUGCUCGAUUAGACCUGACCUCCAAUCGCCUUCAAAAGCUCCCUCCAGAUCCCAUCUUCGCCCGCUCUCAGACCAGUAUGAUCAUGAGCACUCCUUAUGCACCUCCACUUUCUCUCAGCCUUGGUGGAAACCCAUUGCACUGCAACUGUGAGGUACUUUGGCUACGGAGGCUGGACCGUGAGGACGAUAUGGAAACCUGCGCUUCUCCCACCAGUCUGAAAGGCCGUUACUUUUGGUCUGUUCGUGAGGAAGAAUUUGUCUGUGAGCCCCCACUGAUCACACAACAUACACACAAGUUGCUAGUGCUGGAAGGCCAAACAGCUAGCUUGCGCUGCAAAGCUAUAGGAGAUCCAAUGCCAACCGUACACUGGGUUGCUCCUGAUGACCGCUUGAUCAGCAACUCAUCGAGGGCGACUGUGUACGACAAUGGCACCCUGGAUAUAACAGUCACCACGUCCAAGGACUACGGCACUUUUACCUGCAUCGCUGCUAACGCUGCUGGGGAAUCGACGGCCUCCAUUGAGCUGUCGAUCAUCCAGCUCCCCCACGUGGCGAAUGGUACAAACCGUACCACACAGUCCAAGUCAGGACUUUCAGACAUCACAAGCUCUACCAAGAUCAGCAGAGGGGAGCCUAAACUCCUUCCUGAAAAAGCCGUGUCUGUAUCAGAAGUGACUGCUGUGUCGGCCCUCGUAAAGUGGAUUGUCAGCAAAUCGACUCCUAAGGUGAAAAUGUAUCAGCUUCAAUACAACUGCUCUGAUGAUGAAGUCCUCAUCUAUAGGAUGAUCCCCAGGACAGAUAGGGCCUUUGUCGUCACAAACCUUGUGCCAGGGAUGCAGUAUGACCUGUGUGUCUUGGCCAUUUGGGACGACACUGCCACAACACUCACUGCCACCAACAUUGUCGGCUGUGUCCAGUUUGUGACCCGAGAUGACUACCCACAGUGCCAGUCCCUUCACAGUGGCUUCCUAGGUAGCACCAUGAUCCUGGUCAUCGGCGGUAUCAUCGUGGCCACAUUGCUGGUAUUCAUAAUUAUCCUCAUGGUCCGCUACAAAGUGACCAACGGGAUUCCAACAAAUAAACUACCCAAUGUCAGUAACACGUACUCCCAGACCAAUGGAGGGGUGAACAGGUUCAAUGGUGCUCCACCUCAAGUGAAAUCCACAGUGGUGGUCAUGCGUGAGGAAAUGGUUGAGUUCAAGUGUGGAUCCCUCCAAAGCAGCCUCUCUUCUUCCUCCUCUUCAUCCAACUCUUUAGACAGCCAGGCAGGGCGAGGGGCUACUGGCCGUUACAGUGUCCAGAGCAGUGAAUGCAGCACCCUGCCCGGCAACAAGUUCAGGAGGCACGUGCAUAGCGCCAAAGCACGGCAAAACUUGGACCAACUUAUAGGAACGAUCACCUCGAUGGAACUACGAGGGGUAACCAAGGACGUCCAAGGGACUGCAGGCCCUUCCAGCACUCCCAGCACCAUGACAACAGUGGCUGUAGCACCACCCUCUGAUAAAGAGCCUCUCCUUGGGAGGGCGGAGUCCACAACCAUGUUGGGACGACUUUUAGGGUUUCCCCAAGAGGGAAAGCCGAAACGGAGCCAUUCCUUUGACAUGGGCCACGCCAGUGCAGGACAGUGUCGCAGCAGCCAGCCAAGGAGGAUCAGCAACAUCUGGACUAAGCGCAGUCUGUCCGUUAACGGCAUGUUACUGCCAUGCGAUGAUAGCGAGGAUGAGAAGCCCUCCUCUGAGAGCUCUGAGUGGGUGAUGGAGAGCACAGUUUGAGGAAGACGCAUACUUGGAGUCCUUAGAAACUAAAACAAGAGCGUGGUUGGAGGGAGUUUCCACAGAGAAACUGUCAUCGGGUACUAACCAAAUGAUACCCAUGUGAAUAUUGUUCAAAAGAUCAUGGAAGAAAAAAUGUGACCAUGAUCUAAACUGUUAAACAAUACUGACUAUAUUUGGAAAAAAUUGUCCUUUUUGGAUUUAUUCCUGAAGCACAGUUGGGAAAAAAAGGAAAAAAAAAGUGGAUCAACUUCUUCGUCUUCAGCACAAAUGAUUUACUGGAGGACUUGCCUCUGUUGCACUGACUUGGCUCACAGCAUUGUGGACCUCACGCAUAACAUGGGACUACUGCCACAGUAGAGAAAGGGACCAGAGGAAGUAGAGGAAAAAUUAAAACAAAGUCAUUUUUAUUUUCACCCAGAGUUUUCUAUCAUUUUUACUAUUUAUUAGUUAAGUGAUUCAUCAGACGACAGAGGCAAAGCUCUAUGACGAGCUUGUAGUUGACGAUCAAACACACUUACAGAAGCUGCCAUCUCUCACACAGCUAUUUUCUACACUUCAAGGCCAAUUUUAAUCAGUCACGAAUUGAGACCCUAAAUAUCAGUAACACUGAACUACAGCAAGUCAGUGUUGUCUUUCUACCUCAGCUUAUGUUUUAUAUGAGGUUGUUCAUAUGUGAUAGUAAGUUAGAAAUCUGCCCCAGAUAGAUCACAAAUGGCUCCAAAUAUAUUGUAUUUGUUUAAUUUUUUUCCUUGUUUUAUUUUUUAUGUUGCUGAUAGAUUUUUUCAGUUUGCAAUAGCAAGACUUCCUUGUUUAUUAGGGGUGUAACGAUUAAUCAAUGAAUCGAUUUCUUUCCCUACAAUCCAACCAGAUCAAUCAGAAGUUCUAAACUGAAUCGAAUUGACUAAUAUUAUUAAAAAAUUGUUUUAAAAUGAGAUGAAUCGAUAAUCAAUAUAGGAACACACCAUUUGAAAUAGGAAAUUGUAGGUUUAUUUUACUAUAAUGCAAAAACAACACACGAGUUUAUUGGAUAACGAUGUCCAGCCUCGAUUUUAGGUCAAAGUAUCGGAUCGUUCAGAAUGAACUAAUAUCGACUACGUAUCUCAACCACUAAUUAUGAAUGGAAUCUUUGUUAAAAUUGAUCGUUACACCCCUAUUGUUUAUCCAUCUGAGAUUGAGUUAGUCGAUAAUUUCCCCAUUGGCUCUGAUUGGUGACCAGGGUUCCUGCAGUCUGAUGAGCCUUUGAUUUAAACAGCCUUUUACCUCAGGAUGGGUUUUAGAUGCUAUCAUCGUUUACAGUAAGCCUGAUGCAAAUGCUGUUUGAAAUUCAUCAAGCCCAGUUAAUCAUUCGCCCAAAGCAGCCAUCAGGAUGAUGUAUUAGCAAAUUGGGAUUCUCUUCAGGCAAUCCAAACAAGAGCACGUGGUAAUUGUUCAUUUAGCCAGGUUAAAUGAAGGAAUUUGUCAUUUAUUAUCUGGAUAAAGGUCACUGUGGUGCUUGUAAGAGGAUGUUACUCUGAAGGGGGGGAAAAAAACAACUUGUUUAGAGCCUUUAAGAUGAAACGUCUGGAAAUCUGUUUCACCAGAUUGCAUGAUACAGAUUUUUUUUUCCACUUACCUAUUAUUUAAAUUGCUUCACCAGAGAACAAUUCAUGUGUCAUCCUCUAUCACACGGGGCUGUACAUUGCAGUAGAACUCUGAAUCGGUCUUUGCUCAGAUCCAAGUACAAUCAACUGCAACAUCCCUGCAUUUUAUUGCCUUUCUGGAUAUUCUUUGGGACUGCUGCAUUUCAAAGUGUGGGUUAGUCGUCAUGUUCUUUUGAAAUGUUUUCCUCCUACAGUAGGUGUACUGUUCUGUAUAUUAGCAUAUUUUUUUGUACAAUAACUGGGUGAGAAUGUAAAAGGGGGAGUACGGGAAAUUGUGCAGUAGUAAUUUUAUUUUCCUGUGAAGCAAAAUGUGAGAAGGUGCUUUACUGUGGUGUACCAACAUGAUCGUUGUUAGUCAGCUUACUGAAAUGGGAUUUUACACGUUACCCCAUGUAGGGAGAGGAGCUCCGGAAUUUCCUUAAAAGAUUUAGUCCCUCCGAUGACUAAAAUUCAGAUUUCCAAUCUGUCAAUAGCUCUCCAUAAAAACAGACUUUGAAUCCAAAGUCAAAUUGUUUUCAUGCUGAGUCAAAACAUUCUUUAUUUUAUUUAAUUUGACAAAAAAAUCUUUUAGAAUAUGAAUCAAACCUCUGUUAAAUCUUGACCAAUUAAUUUAAGAAAAAAAUAGAAAUAACUCAUUUAUGGUUUUGAAUAUUUAGCUAAAGACCCACUCUGAUGAAAAUUGUGUUUUUAGUGCUUUUAACAUGUUCUUGUUUCUGUUGAUGGAGAACACAUUUGUAUAGAAAAUCAAAAUGAAAGUCAAAUUGUUGUGAAUGCCAUAAAAAAAAAUUGCAUUUGUGACAUUGAAAAUAUGCCAGAGCUGUGCUCAAACAGAGAGCUCCCAGCAGGGAGGUGGGGAACGGGACACAGUUGCUCCAAGCCAACAGUGUCGCCCACAAGUCAAAAGCAAAUUUCAACUUAUUUCCUGCUGCCCUGUAGAAACAAUGUCCUAGGUAACGAUACAGUUUAUUUUAAAUUUUGGCUAAAAACGACAUAAUCAUAAUGAGUAAACCACUGGGAACCCUUUGAAAGUACCGUAAAAGAUGGUCAGAGUGGGUCUUUAAAGUUAAAAAUCAAAGUUUUGGGGAAGAAAAAAUUGUGGUCUCAUCUUGCAAAUUGUUCAAUCUAAAUUUCUUGGUUAACACUUAAGAACCAACAUAAGCCUAAUCUGACCUCUGACCUCCUAGUUACAACAUGAUGGUUACUGCAUAAAUCAUAAAUUUAAAGCUAAAGUAUAGGUGAAAAAAAUUAGAUGUAAAUUAUACAACAGUCAAUUUUAUAAAGAACAUUGUUUUUCAUUAAAAAGCAGGGCAAGCAAAUAUUUACAAACAUCUCAAAUUUAUUGAAUUAUUUUUAGUGGGUACUUUUUAAUGGAAUGUGCCACACAAACUUUUUUUUUUUUGUUGUUGUUGUUUUUUUUUUUACAUAUUUUUUAGCUUCUAUUUCUAUUUCUCAUUUUUAAAAUUGAAAAGGUAAUAAAUUUGUCAACUCUUCUUGUACCAUUCCAAUAGAAGGUUACAUAAAAUUAUAUAAAAUUAAUAUGGGACUUUUGCUUUAAAAACAUGCUUUUUGUUCUGCAAAUGUUAUUCAACAUUGAGAAGAUAUAAAAAAAACUGGUUUAAUUGAAAAAAAAGGACCAAGCUAUAAAAAACCCACUUUGUAUUUUUAAUUAACUAUCAACAACUUGUGGUGAGAGAACCCAAACACAGAAGACUGGGCUUGGUGGCAGUCAUCCUGACAUUACUGCUGGAUCCAAGGUGGUCAGGUCAUUCUGUCAGGAAUGGCGGAUGAUUAACUUAAACAUAGUGAGGCUGAAAGGGGAAACAGAACAUGACAGUACCCCUCCCCAAAAGGGCAGAUGCCAAAAACAUCUGAGAGGAAGGGACCUGAAGGAAAAAAAAGAAAAGAAAAAAAAAAAACAAGUCCAGACAAUAGUUUGUUUUGUUUCUGUAUUCGGGCAUCUGGGAUCUGCCCCUUUGGGGAGGGGUACAGUCAAGAUUGUAAACUUUGGUUUGGGUUUUGUAAGUCACGAUUUUUGGUCAUGUUUUGAUUUGUCCCUCAGUCACACCAGUUUUAGGUGUAUGACUCACAGCUGUCUUCAUUUCUGUUGAUUGGCCUCAGUCUAUUUACGUGUCUCAUUUUUAGUUCAUUCUAGUCAGGUCAGCUGUUCUUUCCAGUCGCUGUUUUGGUUCUCCACGGGUUUGUGUCACGUUUUUCAGUUUAUUUAUUAAAUGUUUUAAGUUUCUUUUAGAAAAAAUGGUUUAAAGUUUUUGCCACCAAGCCUGGUCUCCUGUGUUUGGGUCCUCCACCACAUUCCUGAUAAUUAACCCUUCUUUUUUCAUUAUUUUUUGUCAUUUUAAAUGUUGGGCUCCAGAAUUGCCCUACAUUUUCAGCAAUGCAGAAUGAAAUGUUAAUUUAGUAUUUAUAAGCUAGCUUAAGCCUUAUGAUUCUACCAGUUAUUCAUGCGAAUGUUAAAAAAGUAGACUGGGACUUUUGAAGAAAACACACUUUUAUGCUCAGAAUCCACAGAGGUUUGUUAGUAAAUCCAGAACAAAGCGACUCUUCAUCCUCUACCUGUGAUAUCGUGUAAAAUCUCUUCCUCUCUGCUAACUGACAUUAUAAAUUUAAGUGUUUACUUGACUCGACAUAGACAUGAUUCUCACCUGAGGUUCUAGGAAAAAAAAACAAGAAAAAAAAGCAUUUUUUUGUGUGGCAACAUUUUGUUACAAAAGAGUAUAAAUUAUUGAUUCAUUCCCAUGAACCAA